AAAUCGACAGCGCUACCACCGCCGCGAUUUUGGAUGCAAAGCUCAUCAUUUGACGGAAGUCAUGUCCAUUAAACUAAAGGGCCGGUGGGGCUUCUUCCAUCUGCGCUUCUUCUCCUCUGUAACGUGAUAGCCCAAUCUCACAGCCUGGAAAGAGUUGGAGAAGAGGUUGCAAAAAGGAAAAAGGAGCACUGGAAAAGACACCGCCUUUUUUUUUCUUCUGGGGUUUUUGAUUAGCGUUUGUCCAAAUUCAAAACAUUCUUGGAUUGGGUUACGCCGUGUGAAUCCAACCCAAGUUUCCAUUUCUUCUCACUCGGCUUUCUGCAGCUGAAAAAUCACCUCUUUUCCCAGUUUCAGUUCUUUUGAUUUGUAGUACGAGCAUCUGAAACAACGCUUCUUUCUCCAGUUCUUGAACCUACUGCACUUGGUUUUUGGCUUUGAUUCAGCCAUUUCUGGAUCUGGGUUCUCUCCAUUUCGCGAUUUGGGUAUUAGGGUUUUUUCUGGGAAUCCCGAGGGUCAAGGUCGUGUCUCACAGAUGGUAUUGUCGGGAAAACUAGUCAACUCUGUGCUUCUACUUCUUUUGUUCCUAUGUUAUUACACCUCGUCCGCAUUGUUCGUUCCUCCUGAUAAUUACCUGAUUGCGUGUGGUUCUUCACAAAAUGUCACCUUCCAAGGUCGAACCUUUGUUUCAGAUUCCGAGCAUUCAUCCCUUGCAUUGAAAACCGGCAAUUCCUCUGUUGCUAGGUCGAAUUCGACCAAUGUUCCUUCCUCGAUCUAUCGAUCUGCUCGUGUUUUCUCGGGGUUAGCUUCUUACAAGUUCAAGAUCAACGAGGAGGGUCGACAUUGGAUCCGCCUCUACUUCUACCCUGUAAGAAACUCGAGCUGGAACUUGUCUUCUGUUCCAAUAACAGUAGUGACCGAUGAGUUCGUGCUCUUGAACAACUUCUCUUUCAAGGGCUACAAUGGUUCUUACUUGUUCAAGGAGUACGCAGUCAAUGUCACUUCUGACGUCUUGACCCUCACUCUCAUCCCUUCUAACAACUCAGUUGUGUUUGUCAACGCGAUCGAGGUUGUCUCUAUCCCGGAUACUCUUAUCCCCGACCAGGCCUUGGCUUUGAACCCCUCUGCUCCUUUCAGCGGUCUUUCUCAGCUUGCUUUCGAGACAGUUUACCGUUUGAACACGGGAGGACCGUUCUUGACCGGUCAGAACGACACUCUCGCAAGAACUUGGGAGAACGAUUCGAAGUACCUUCAUGUGAACAGCUCUGUCUUGGUAGUGACGGUGAAUCCUUCUUCUAUAAAGUACACAUCUUCUGUAACUGCGGAAACUGCUCCGAACAUGGUUUACGCUACAGCUGACACGAUGGGUGAUCCAAGCGUUCCGAAUGCGAAUUUCAACGUGACUUGGGUUCUUCCAGUGGAUCCUAACUUCAGGUACUUCGUCCGUGUUCAUUUCUGUGAUAUUGUAAGCCAAUCCCUGAACACGCUUGUGUUCAAUCUAUACGUAAACGAUGAUCUUGCCCUUGGAAGUGUUGAUCUCUCUACGUUGACCAAUGGUCUCAAAGUGCCUUAUUACAAGGACUUCAUCUCGAAUGUUUCCGGAGAUUCUGGUAUCCUGACCGUCAGUGUUGGGCCAGAUUCUCAAGCAGACAUCACGAAUGCGACUAUGAAUGGGUUAGAGGUUUUGAAGAUUAGUAACGACGCUAAAAGUCUAAGUGGUGAUUCUUCAGUAAAGUCUCUUGUUCCAGGAUCAGGUUCGGACAAGAACAAGAAAGCUAUAAUCUUUGGUUCUGUUGUGGGCGCCAUAGCUGCAGUUUUGUGUAUUGGGUUGUGUUACUAUUGCUGUUUGGCUGCUCGGAAAUCAUCUAAGACUCCUCAGGAAGGCCAUCCAUGGCUGCCAUUGCCUUUAUAUGGUCUCUCUCAGACCCUAACGAAAUCCACGGCCUCCCAUAAAAGUGCAACGGCCAGCUGUAUCUCCUUGGCUUCUUCACACCUCGGCCGUUGUUUCAUGUUCCAAGAGAUUCUCGAUGCUACGAACAAGUUUGACGAGAGCUCGUUGCUCGGUGUUGGUGGGUUUGGUCGGGUUUACAAGGGAACACUCGAUGAUGGAACCAAGGUGGCUGUUAAAAGAGGAAACCCGAGAUCUGAACAAGGUCUUGCUGAGUUCAGAACAGAGAUCGAGAUGCUUUCCAAGCUUAGGCACCGCCACCUCGUCUCUCUCAUUGGCUACUGUGAUGAACGAUCUGAAAUGAUUCUUGUGUAUGAAUACAUGGCUAAUGGACCAUUACGGAGUCAUCUGUAUGGAACUGACCUUCCACCAUUGUCUUGGAAGCAAAGGCUCGAGAUCUGCAUUGGCGCUGCAAGAGGGUUACAUUAUCUCCACACGGGUGCAGCCCAGAGCAUCAUCCACCGAGAUGUGAAAACCACGAAUAUCCUCCUGGACGAGAAUUUCGUGGCUAAAGUUGCCGACUUUGGUCUAUCGAAAACCGGCCCGUCCCUUGAUCAGACACAUGUGAGCACGGCUGUUAAAGGAAGCUUCGGUUACCUCGAUCCAGAGUACUUCAGAAGGCAGCAACUGACAGAGAAAUCAGAUGUUUACUCGUUCGGAGUGGUUCUAAUGGAAGUCCUCUGCUGUAGACCGGCUCUGAACCCAGUUCUCCCGAGGGAACAAGUGAACAUCGCCGAAUGGGCAAUGACAUGGCAGAAGAAGGGAAUGCUCGAACAGAUCAUGGACUCGAACUUGGUGGGGAAAGUAAACCAGGGGUCUCUCAAGAAAUUCGGAGAGACAGCCGAGAAAUGCCUGUCUGAGCAUGGAGUUGACAGGCCAUCAAUGGGAGAUGUCCUGUGGAAUCUGGAAUACGCCCUUCAGUUAGAAGAAACUUCUUCUGCUCUAAUGGAGCCUGAGGAUAACAGCACAAACCAUAUCCCAGGGAUUCCACUGACGCCUCUUGAACCAUUUGAUAACAGCAUGAGCAUUAUUAAUGGAGGGCAUUCUGGUACUGAAGAGGAUGAUGACGGAGAAGACGCAGCCACAAGUGCAGUGUUUUCUCAGCUCGUCAAUCCUCGUGGAAGGUGAGGGACGUUGUCCGAAUCCGACAUGAAUGUUCUGUGUUCUGUCGCCAUAUAUACAUACAUAUGGAACUUUUCCAUUCUUCUGUCUUGUACUCCUCGAGAGUGAGAUCCAGGCAAAAGUUCUUCAGGGAAGAGUGGAUGAUGAUCAAGAUCCAUUCAUCAUUCAUUACAGUGUAUUUUUUUUCGAUUUACAGUAAUAUUGAUUUGUAAUAUACUGGUUAUAUGUAACCUUUCAAAUUCUAAAUCUGUUUCUUUUUUAUUUUUCUUAAUAAAUCUGUUUCUUUUCAUAAA